GCAGGAUUCGAAUCGAACGUCCGCACCGGAGCCGGGUGCUGGCCGAGCAGCGCGGGCCAAUCAGCGGCGGCGGCUCGCGGCCCCCGAACGUUGGGACACCCGACCCCGCCCCGCACUGUUGUUUGUGGUGUCCGCCGGCGGCGCGAGCCGGACCACAACACUCGCCCGACGGGCGGCGGGCGGGCGGCGGGGCGGACGAGGGUCCGGGGGCCGCGGGCGGCGGCGAUCACGAGCCGAAGGCAGCCGGCCUCCCGCGGCCGCCGAGGCCGAGAGUGCACGCCGGCCGGAGCCAUGUCGGUGAACAUGGAUGAGCUGCGGCACCAGGUCAUGAUCAACCAGUUCGUGCUGGCCGCGGGCUGCGCGGCCGACCAGGCGAAGCAGCUGCUGCAGGCGGCCCACUGGCAGUUCGAGACCGCCCUGAGCACGUUUUUCCAAGAAACCAACAUUCCCAACAGCCACCACCACCACCAGAUGCAGAUGUGCACCCCCAGCAACACACCUGCCACGCCGCCCAACUUCCCUGACGCGCUGGCCAUGUUCUCCAAGCUUCGCACCUCCGAGGGUCUGCAGAACAGCAACAGCCCCAUGACUGCCGUGGCCUGCUCCCCCCCUGCAAACUUCAGCCCUUUCUGGGCCUCGUCCCCACCUAGCCACCAGGCUGCCUGGAUCCCGCCCUCCUCCCCGACGGCCCACAGCUUCCACCACCUCCACCACCCACAGCCCACGUGGCCCCCGGGAGCACAGCAGGGGGGCACCCAGCAGAAAGCCGUGGCUGCGAUGGAUGGCCAGAGAUGAGACUGGAUGCCGCCGGGCGCUGGGCUGGAGCUGGGGGGCGGUCCAGGGUCGUGGGGGACACAGGAGGGCCAGGGCAGGGGGGAGCUGGGGUGGGCAGGGGUUUCCUGAAGUUCGCACUGGAAGAUUUUAUAAAAGAGUUUUUGUGGGUGGGGGGACAGUAAACUUCCUGAGCCACUUGGGUCCUUCAGGAGUUUCUCUUCAGGCAAGUUUUUCUUUUUAAUAUAUAACUAUAAUAUAUAAAAAUAUAUAAAAUUAACUAAUGUACGUGAGAAUGGGCUGGCUGACCGGGGUGCUGAGUCAGCAGGGAUGGGCCAGAGAAUCCUCCCCUUGGGCCAGCACCCCUUCCUCCACCCCAGUCCCAGGGAAGGUGGUUGGAAGCCAGGUGGUGUGACCUUGCAGUCACACGGAGUCUGCCAGCUGCCUCCUUUCAAAGGUCUCACCUGGAAUCCUCUGGGAGAAGGACCACCCACUUCUCCAAGUGGUGGCGGCAGGAGGGGCUCCCAGAGCUGCUGGUGUGGGGGCCUCUUUGCCAUCACGAGGCUCUCCCCACCCCCAGUUAGUGGCUGGCUCCUCAGUGGCUCUCUGGCUCUUGUCACCUCUCUUGGUGUCACCUCUGUCUCCAGCUGGGUGUGCAGGGCUCGUGCGGGACUGCAGAGCUGGCUCAGGCCAAGGGCCCGGGCUCUGCUGGCAGGGGCUUGCCCCGCAGCCGCCCGCCCUCCCUCACUGCGCCCGGCCGCACGGGUGACAGCGGAGGGCUUGCCUUUGGAUGUAGUUCCCAAAUCAAUCAUCUCACCAGGGUGAAAUUUUAAUUUAAAACUUAAAAGAGACUUUUCUAACUUC